ACCCCUGCCUGUCCCUGCCCUCAAAGUGGGAGUCGCUUCAGUGGCUUGAUCCGGCAGGAAAACCACCCAUCAGAAAAAAGAAAAAAACCCAAACCUGAAACAAUUAGUCCUUUGGAUCAAGUAGUUGGAUGAGCAACCAUCAGUUCUCUCUGUGUGGGGAAGGGAAGAAGACUUGGGGAGACCUGGAGUGGGGAGAACGUCCCUCUCAAAGCCACCCUGUAGCGAUGGUGGAUUAAAGGCAGUGUCAACCCAACCCAUCCUUCCCCAAACGUGCCAUGGGGUUGUGUGUCUGUAUUUUUCCACUGCCGACCUGACCGUGAAUGCCUGCAUAAUGGGGAUACAUUAUAGUACCAGCUGCAGUUUUAUUUAGAAGGGAGUAAUGAAUAUUUUGUUCCAACCGGCUUUUGAAACGAACUGCAACCAUCUGGUUAAAAGUUUUGCUCUCAGUCAUGUCAUGAUUCCCCAGCGUUAUAAUCGAGCACCUCUCUGCCCUGGUCGUGCCAAGCAGAUUUAUUUUUAGGUCUGGCUAUUGAGCGGGCUCCCAGUUUUCAAAGACCAUUAGAAUCCCUCACUCAUUAUUAACAGGCGCCCUGGAAGCAGGGACUCGCUUUUGCCUGGAAUCGGUAAAACUUCUUGCUGGUGCUAACAAAGCUGCGGCAGAUACUAAUGAGGGUUUGAGGGCAGACGCUGCCUCAGACAACACUGAUCCUUGAAAAGCACAGAACUGGCUGCAGAACCAACUGUGCUGCUCUUAAAAAAAAAAAAAAAAAACAACAAAAAAAAGCUGUCGCUUCUCUUUUAUUAGAUAUAUAUCCCCAGAGAGCACUUUUAAUGCUCCAAAGUACCCUUUUCUCUGCCAUUGGAUACUCUCUGAUACUUUGGGGAACAGUUUCUGUUUUCUGCUGUCAAGCUGUUUGACGGCAUUGAUUUUUUGUAUUACAGCAGCAACAGGUCACGGGUGAAACUGAGAUCUUUUUUUUUUGAGGUUCCUACACACAACAUACGUAUGUAAUCUUACCUUCCCCAAAGAGAGAUACGGGAGUUCAAACAGGGAGAAUUUACCCGGCUCCAUGGUAAUGUUUUCAAAGCUGCAGAGCAGCUCCCAACCUGAUUGAUGGGUCCUGAGGUAACUGGAUUGUGUGCUGGUAAUUAGCAGGAAACCAGUUUGCCCCAGAGGUUAUCCAGUCUGUAUAGCUCUCUGUGUCCAUUUUAGUGGGAUAGGUGAAUUAGGUGCGUGUAUCUAGAUACUAAAAGCAGAAGUUUCCCAGUGGAUUCCAGUUGAAGCCCUGGUUGUACUGGAAAUGACAGUCACCUCGGCGGGCUGAAGGGGCGUUUCCAAUAGGAGAAUUGAACGAUGUCUCAUUUUUCUCUCCUCUGCAGCAUGGACAAGGACAGUCAGGAUGUUCACCAGGUGCUGAACGAGCUGAAGAACAAGUUCCAGGAGAUGAGGAAGCUGAUCAGCUCCAUGCCCGGCAUCGGUGUGAGCCCAGAGCAGCAGCAGCAGCAGCUGCAGAACCUGCGGGAGCAGGUCCGGACCAAAAACGAACUGCUGCAGAAGUACAAGAGCCUUUGCAUGUUUGAAAUCCCCAAGGAGUAGGAUUUGCUCUGCUCUCCGGGUCUGAGAUACCGCCUCUCCUGGCUGAACAGGAGAGAAAAAAAGUGACAGAAGUUUACAUUUCUUUCUUUUAUGCUUUUUUUUUGGUGGCAUUGCUCUGAAGUUGUGUCUGUGUGGAUCGCAGGCGUGUGACACUGAACCAGAACACUGUGUGCUUCACACAUGACGAUUGCAGCGGCACGUUGACUUUGAUCUGCUGUAGGACUGUGCAUUUAUAUAUGCAUCUCUUCUGUUUUCUCUUGGGGAGGGGUGAGGUAGUAUUUUUUUACAUUCAAGCAAGCAAGAGACAUUAUGUUUUUUUCUUCUCUAAGGGUCAAAGUACCUGCUGGUUAACUUCAACAAGAAAAAGGGGACAUUUUCUGCAUUUUUUUUUUUUUUUUACUUAAAAGUGGCCAAACAUCAAAUAGGAGCAUUAGAGGCAAGUGUGAGCUGUUUGGCUCCACUCCUGGAAAGGGUCUCUGGGACACUUUCCAGUCUCAGUGUGUCAAAAGAGGAGAGAUUGCUUUCAGUUACUUUUGUAUUUCUCUCUCUUUCUCUCUUUCUAAACAAGUGCUGGUUGUGUCUGAGAUGAGUCAAGUAAAGAUGGUGAAAUUCCAAACUGCCCCUCUCUUGUGUAUUCACUGAGUGGAUGCGGGCUGAGCUGGGGCAGGAUUUUGGCAGCGCAGAGGACGUGUGUAGCCUGGGCCCAGCUUCUGCCUCUUGACAUGGCUUUUUGGGAAGCGGGGUGACUUGGGAGAGCAAAGCAGGGACUGCUGGGAGGGUGGAUUCUGAUAGGCUUUGGGUGUGUAAGUGCGUGGCGACUGCAUCUUGUAGGCAGCACAUGGGGCAUCUUGCUCUUAAAGCGGAGGAAGGGAAAGCAGAAUCAAAACAAAGGGCAUAAAUGACAAGAGCUUUUAGUUAUUCCACACGUGACAAAAGUCAGGCUCAACAGGACGGGUCAGUUCCACAUCUGAAGUGCUCCAGGGGCUUCCCACAAACACAAGCACUCGAGCGGCUCGAACAUUUGCCCGGGGCUGAUGGAAAGCUCUUGAGUGUUGUAUCACAGUCAGACAGAUCCCAGGGCUCCCUGCUCUCUCUCCUGCAUUCGCUCUUACGGUGGCUGAUGGGAGCCUGGUAAGUGGCACCACAUCUCACCAACAAAGAUGUGAUGGGACUUUAAAUCUCAUGGUUCCCUGAAUCACGCUGAAGGAUGGUGCAGGUCAGUAGCGGAAAAGGUUAAAAACCAUCAAGUGAAACACAAUAUCCAUCCAGAACCAGCUACCCAAGGGCAGGUAGCGCUUGUGCCUUCAACAGAAGAGAAGCAAGGUCUGUUUGGGUGGGAUUUUCCUUUCCUAAACCAAGAGGCAAGUCGUUCUGCUGGUGGGGAGCUGGGGUGGCUGCGUCUCACCGGGAGCCAAGAGAUUGCUCUGUUCCCGCUGGAAUACUUUGCUAGUACUUUCUUUGGGAAGGUGCCAGUGUGUAAACCCUGAGCAAAGCAGAAUACCAAGGUAAACAAAGCACAACGUACGCUCUUUUUAUUACUGAAAUUACCUUUCUGCCAGCGAUUGCCUAUCCCAGCUCAAUAAAUUCUUGUGUCUCAUGCCUG